GAACGAGCAGACUCCAUGUUGAAUUUACAAACUUCUGAAACUUGUUGACAAUUUCGAGUUGGAUUCCUCGUCAAACUUUUUCGAUCAGUUGAAGCUGUCACUCUCUGAUGUGCAGUUAUGUGAUUUCUGCUCUCCGAUGUUCAGUUUGACAAACAUGUAUGAAUAGAGUUUCCAACUUCUGUAUUUUCAUGAAAGAAUUUCAAACCACUCUGGAACCAACUGCAUCAGUUCAUCAGUGUGACAUUUUCUCUACGCAACAAGCAUGAUCAUCAGAUGUGCAAUGUCGUGACACAAGUUAAAAGUGACCCCCCAAAACGCUGUUGAAGUUUAAACAAGGAGCCAUAAAAUAUCCAUUCUUUGGAAACAAUAAGAAGUUGAGUCUAUAAUAAUAAGUUGCACAAUGUAACCGAGAUUGUUGUCUUCCAACCAAAAAUUGACUUAUCAGUGCUUCCAAAAAGUUUUGUUUUUGUUCCAAAUUUGUGUGUUUUAGUUUUUUGGUUUUGUUGUAUAUAUUUGAAAGUCUUUCUUGGAUAUUUUUGUUUUAAACCCAAAAUUUAAGCAUUUCAGAAAAAAAAGAAAAAAGUAAAACAUAUGAUGGCACUUUUGAUUAGCAAAACUAAGAUAAUUGCAAAAAUGGUUUAAUAGUAGAGUCUUAGUUGGUGAGAGCCAUUUGUUUCUGCUGAAAAGAGCCAGACCAAGUUUUGUCAUGUAGAUGAAACUGCUUAGUAGCGUAAACAUCUCUGUACAAAAACCAUAAAAUACAAGCAAAGUACAAUGACCGAGUGGCUGUUAUAACAGUGGUCCCAAGAUUUUAGAUAUAGAAGUAAAAUUAACGGAAACCAUAGUGCCUUGACUCAACGUGGUUUUGGGCUUUUUGCCCGAGAAACAUCCUCUGCGAGUCAGAAAGUAAACUUCAAGACAUCUUGGCUGCAGUGAAAGUAUCACCCAUUUUGCAGCCACAGAAAGAGCUUGACUCAACGUUGUUUGGGGCUUUUUGCCCGAGAAACAUCCUCUGCGAGUCGGAAAGUAAACUUCAAGACAUCUUGGAUGCAGUGAAAGAAUAACCCAUUUUGCAGCCACCGGAAAGAGCUGACAAAACUAAAAUGGCUAGGUAGCCCAAGCUAAACGCCGACUUGUUGGGCAGUUGGGCAGAAAAAGUGAACAAAAACUUGAAAAGACUUGUGUUGUAUGCAAGACGUGAGACGCAGUGAAGACACAACAAGUGCCUGAAGACGGUGAAUGCGAUAAGCCUUCAUUGUCUGCCCACUUCAGGAGGGGCAGUAUGAUAUGGUAUUGGCUGACAUGGCCAACCCUCCUGAGCAUGACUUCGCUCCCGCUUGGCUCAAGAUUCCCUCAGAACAGCGGUCUUCUAAGCCACUUAAUGUAAAUCAUAGCUCCACCAGUGGUAGACUAGGACUUGCAGACGACCAUCAGGAUAGAUUUAGAGCAAGACAUUACUCUACCGACUCACAACACAGCUAUGGUAGAUCACCGACACAUGACCAGCCCGGUUACAGGGGAAGAGAUGAGCGUCGACACUUUUCCAAUGCCAGCUCACGUCACCAUUCUGUCGAUGAUCUUCCAUGGGAUCCAGACCCUACCACCAAUUGGAACUACUCCCAGCUCAACGGUACCUCCAGUGGCACCUAUGGAAUGGGGGGUUACCCUCGCAGGGGGAACUCCGUCCCAAGGAGCGGUCAGCAGUACUCUAACAACGGACGAUUUGACGGCGGCGGUCUUGCUGCCACCAGGGGACAGUUUAAUCAAGGGAAGCCACCAGCUGGAUCUGGGCGACAAAGAUAUAAUUCGGGACCCAAGACUGGCUAUUCAAGUCUCGAUGAUCACAACGAUGAGACGAGCAGUAAGAAGGAGGACGGACAGGGUGACGGACCCGACGACAAAGGGAAAGAAAGCGACAAGAGUGCCUUAUCUAAUCAGGACUUUCCAUCCCUGUCUGGUGGAGACAUACACAUAAAGAAGCCAAGCAUAUCAACCAAGACAAGUGUCCCUCCAGGCGCCUGGGAAAAACCCCCUGGAACCACCAAAGUCAUCAGUGGACGGAAACUGCAGCUGAUUAAGAAAUCUAUUCCUAACUCCUCGGACGGCAAACCCACACAGCGUACCAUGACCCUGUCAUCCGCAACGAUUGUUGACCCCUCCCUGGGUUCAAAGGUCACAGCUCAGACUGGGGCAACAAACCUGAGUUCAAAGGGGUCAGCCUCUUCCAACGCUGGCUCGGGUGUUGUGUUGAAGUCAAUGAUAUCUGUUACACCAAUGGUUUCAUCACGAGCAAAAGAGCCACCGAUUCGGUCAGCGCCUGUACCCGUUUCAUCAAGCCGCAUUUCACCUGUUCCAAGCAAACCAUCACCCGUGCCUGUCCCUGUUCGAUCUGUACCCAGCAAUCCCAUACCUUCUCCCGCUAUCAAGGUCCCCACACCCGCUUCAACCAGGUCCUUGCCUACUCCUAUACCAAGCCCAGCCGCAACCCCCACACCAAAGCAAAAAGCACCCGUCGCUGCCUCCAGCAAAGCAGAAAUCGCUCCUGACAAACUUGCAGGUGUCAACAACGGGAAAACAGUAUCCAUCCACAACAUAGUUAGUUCCACAGAAACCAAGACGACAACGGUGACUUUAUCCAAAGUCGCUGCUUCAGUUAAGUCGGUUCAACAACCCACUAACAACAAGCCCACGAUGGUCACCAGCAUGUCCACGGUCUUAACCAGCAGACAGACUCCUACCCUGAAUCGUCUGACUGCAUCGUCUGCCGGUACCAAUCGACCCAGCAGAAUAGCACCUGUAUUCUCCCGGCCUGUGCCCGUCUCGACCAGUCGCCAUAACCCAGUGGCGAUCAUCAAUCGGCCGAUAACAUCAUCCUCGGUGAUCACCAGCGGACUAACAUCUGUUAGUCUCCGUUCAGCACCAGUUGGAUCCAUGAAUAUCAGAAAAGAGAAGACUGUCGUUCCGCUACAGUCGCCCAAGGUGCUGCCAACUAGUAAACAGCCACCCUCCCCUAUUUCACUCAGCACCACGCCUACUGAGCUCCCCAAUCCGAGUCCAUCCACACCUAAAGCCAAGAAAGGAGACAAGAUCGGCUUCCUGACCGAGCUCCGUCGCUCCAGCAACGGAGACGUUUCCAAAGAGGUCAGCCAGAACAACGAGGAGAAUCUGAAAGGAGUCGGUGAGACCAAGAGGCAGAGCAGACCAACAUCAACAUCGAAAACAAUACUACAGAAGCAACACCCCCAUAGCAAGACCAACGGAUUCAACAUUCACAGCAACUUGACAACGAUGGAGAAGGGCACCAGGGAAGAUACAACCCCAAACUUCUUCCCAGAGUUCUCGCCUGUUCGAGACCUGCCGGACAUGUCGAGCAGUCUAGAGGCUGAGAAACGGCUUUUGCAAGAGAUGGGCUGGCACGAGCACAGCGAUAACGAAGAGGGGUAUGCACCGCUGACCGAGGACGAGAAGAAAGAGUUCCAAAAGAGAAAAUCUCAACAGUUAAAGAAGAACGGCUUCACCUCACGAAUCCUACCCUCCACAUGGAACAGUGCUAGUCUGCCAAUCAGUUCUAUCACCCAAGUCAGUCUGGAUGACACCCUCACAAGUAGUGACUCGGACUCCUCCGAUGAUGACGAGACGCACAGUUGAGACCAGUUUGCAAUUCUCUUUGCAGCGAUGUUAUGAGAAGAAAGGGGUUGUCUGGACACCUGUAUAAUUUGUCAACAUUUUGAGAGACAUUGAUUAUCAGAAGCAAUUUUUUUUUUUGUGACAGAACAGGGCUUGAAUUUGGGGGGAAAAUACGCAAGACCGCAGGACUUGUAGCUCAAAGUUUUUACUGGACUGACUGACAUAUUUUAUUUACAAGACCAUAAUCAAAAUUAAAGGGAAUAUAAGCGAAGUGAGAACACGGUUGUAUCAUCAGUUUAUGGCCUAUACUUGGCAAGGUUGAAAGAUAUUUGUGAGACUCAAUCUCAACAUUUGAACAUUUGUUCCAAGUCAAAGAUGUUGAUUUUAGAAGAAGAAGAAAAAAACAAGAUCACCGGGCUUGUCCUGUCUUGAGUUUACUGUCCUGACACUGAAAUCAUUUGCCUCUGGCAAGUGGUCCAGUGUGACAUUCGAGUCCUGCAGUACGAAUGGCCUCAUUUGUGUGGUUUCUCCUGUUGAUUUUGGUAUCUACAUGUAUGGUGAAGUCCACAUGUGAUGUUUUCAACAUAUUGUGUGGUUUAUCACCGAGUGCACUUCCUGCAUCACGCUAUAUGUGGCCAAAAUUGACAGGAUGAUCAUACUAUGUAAAUGAGGCCUAACUUAAAAAAACCUUCCUUUUUCCUGCUUCUACGCCUAAAAAGAUAAAAAUGAAUACCUGGUUUCACACCAGCCACGGACAACAAUUCUUUUAAUUACUAACACAAUGGAAGAUGGUGCUGUAUUCACCUCCGUUGCUGUUUGAUUGCUUGGGAGUAUUUCUAUUUUAAAGUAGAUGAGAAGAUAUCCCCUCCCCCCUCUAAAAAAAACCCUAAGAAACUUAACAUUGCUGUUAUAACAAUUUUGUCAUUUGUCGACACGUUUUUUAAAUCUUUUGCAAUAGCAUUUUCUGUUUGUACCCUGCAAUGCUUUUGGGAGUCCCAGGAAAUGGAUUUUUUUUUAUUGACAGUUCAUUUCUCUCUAGUAAACAUAACACAUGUUUCCGUGUAGCAAACAAAAGUACAUACUCAGUUGCCAGUAUUUCAGCAAGUGUCAAAGGUACAGCUUAUUUUGCAUUUUUUAAAAUUUCUUUCUUUCUUUCUUGCAUUGUUGCUACAUAUCAGAAGUCAGUGUGUGCUCUUCAGAAACAAAUAUUGAUUUAUUUAGUGUACAGAUUAUUCGCUUGUUGCAUAAAAAGGAGAUCUUCAAUUGGAAAAUAAUAACAAUAAUUCUCAGGAAACUUAGGUGGUUACAGAAAUGAGGAAGAAAAGGAAUAAACAAAUAAUAAACUAGGCACUAGAUUUUCAAGGGAGGAUACAAUACGGCUGCAAAAUUAUCAAACUAAAAUUGGCUAACCUAGUUGUUUGUGAAAUCAGUGGUAGCCCACCUGGGCCCAUUUUUAUAAAGCUGUUCAGCUGAAACUACCGCUUGACAAAUUUCUUUGCUAAGCAAAAAUUGCGUUGGGCACCAGUCACAACAAUGUAAGAUUAAUGUAGUUUUUACUGGUAACUUGUUCAGUUAAGCAAUAGUUUACUGUGCUUAGCAAGUUUUUGUGCUUACAGGCUUUAUGAAAUUGGGCCCUUGUAUUUAAAAAAAAUAUCCCUCUCUGAAGUCCAGAUGUUUUACAUCAACGCUUCACAAAAAAACCUUUGUAAAAUGUACCCUAUAGUACACAGACUUAAGUUGUACGUUGAUAUUUUAUUUUUGUCAUGAAAGACAGAAGUCAGAAGUGUGUCCUCCCUUGUCAGACUGAGACUUUGCGCCUUCCGAGGUUUGUGGGAGACCGCUUGGUGACAGAAUUAUGAAGAGAACGAAACAGUGUUGUAUCCUUCUUCAACAAUAAUCUUCGAUUUGGCACAUCGAGUGUGCUGAUUUGUAAACAGAAUCUUUCACAAACAUUACUUUCCCACGGGCUAGGACGACUAUCGGUCAAGUUUGCAGCCAUUAAUAUACAAACAAAGAGCCAUCUAGUUAGAUGAUUUUAGUUUAUUCAAUGGAAGAACCCAGAAAUAGUGUUGAGCAGAAUAUUAGUGUUUUGUUGUUGCUAUUCUCUUAUUAUUUGUUAUUGUCACUGUAAAUCAAAGAAAAUCCACAGAAAAACAUAUUUUGUAUUCAAAUAAAUAAUAUUUAAAUUUUGCUUCCAAAAAAAAAGAUUAAAAGAUAAAACAAAUGUAAGUCCGUAAUUGAGUUGUUAUAUAAACCAAUACUACAUAAAAAUGUUGUUUUAAUUUUCAUUUACCUCCAAGAUAGUUUUUUUCUUGUUUUUAAAACUAAUUUGGGUUUUGUUUUUCAACGCAUAUCUUGUUGGGCACUUCCAACAUUGUUAUUGGUUAUAGCAUUAUUCAUUUUUGGCUUGUGUAUAUUUUUUGCCGAGUUGGCAAAUAUUUGAGGGGUUUUGGUAUUUUGUUGUGUGAGCGCAAAAUCUGUACAGUUUCCUAUAAAAAAAAAAGAGCGAGAGCGAGAGAAAAAGGUCUCAAAAUGACAAAAAAAUAGACUCUGCAUUUGCAGGUGUUUGUGUACAGUGUAAUAACCUUUGCAAUGAUUUAUAAGUUUGCCCAUCAGACGGAUUAUUAUUAUAAUAUGACAAUAAAACGAUUUUGCUACUUGAGCUUUUUUCCUCUC